AUGCUCUUCCUGUUCGAGUUCGCUGGCUUGACUAUACAGUCUGUCCGCCCAGAGUUGGACCUAGCUGCUGAAUCGUUAGCUGAUUUAGACAGAUUUACAUGCUCUCGCCGGAAAGGUGGAGCCAUUGUGUCCAACCUCGGAGAGCAAGCCUCCAUCGUCCUUACACCAAGCUCUCGCGGUGGUUCGGUAAAGAUUGACGUCGACACUCGGAGUCCAACAUUGCCAGAUACACCUAAGUCAACCUCAGAUACACCUAAGUCUACCACGAAGCCGACGUCCUUGCGACGCUGGUCAAGAACGAAGAAAAGAGCCAGCAACCGUUUUGAGCUGCCGGGUUCGAGCACAAUCAACGAGCUGUAUCCACGGCCUCAACGGGACCCAAUCCCAUACAGAUAUCCUCCCUGCGGUACCGAAGAGGCGCAAGAACUAUCACAGGACUCUGUAAGUACUUGGUCUUGCGAUACCACCUGGACUGCAAUACGUGAAGUUGUUCCGCGCCGAACUCGAAAGCCCCAAAGGAAGCUCCUAUCAAUGCGAUAUAUCAUAUUCCCCAACCAUCCAACACACGGCCCCCAACUUGCAGAGGGAGACAUGGCAUACACGUCCAACCAAUCUGAGGGUGAAUACGCAGCCUCUAUUGAUCAACGAUUCGGCAAUGGGAAUGGAUGGUGGCCACCUAUCCUCACAACACAACAGUCCGACACAGGAUUCACAGCUACUGUAACUCCUCAGUACAGUCCAAACACAACGUCCUGCGAUAAUUUGGUGUUCCAGAAUGUCGGGUUCCCGUCACCUAACCCAUGCAACGUGAGAAGCUUUCACCCCGACUUUCCGCGUCGACAUACCCUUUCCGGACCUGAGCCCAUUGGAUAUGGCUAUGGUAUCCAUCACGAGAUCUAUGCCCCUGAAAGCGUUCCUGCUUUCACGCUUGCCAACUACGACGUUUUCAACCACCAAUUUUCUCCCCCAAACUUCGAGUCGGGGCUCAUGUCACCAUCAGUGACAACGCCAAGCUCACGUCCGUCCAUCACGUCGUUAAAAUCACAUAGCUCGACAGCUUCACACAGCCAAGUCAACCAGAAGUUUUUCAACACACAAUGCUCACCAAUACCGGGUCCCUCGUUUCUUGGAGGCCCAUACCCAUAUAGCCCAACCUUCUCGGAUCAAUCUCCCACCCAAAGUCAGGUUACUCAGCCGCCCAAAAUUAGCCAGCCUGAGGAGCUCUACGAACGCGAGUCCCGCCCAAGUCCCUUGCCUGAGGAGACUACCUUUUGUUUGGUCCCAGGCUGCGGUUCCAGGUUCACAGGCGAAUAUCAGAAGGGGAAUCUCAAACGCCAUCACAAGUCCAACCACCCAGAGCUUUUGGUGCAGAACGGCGAGAGUCCAGGCGAUCCCAAGAAACUGAAGUGCAGUGUUUGCUCACAUAUAUUCAAGAGGUCGGAUGCGAGGAAGAAGCACGAGUAUCGCACGCACCACCUUGGUCCUAAACCCCCAAGGAAGAUUCGAUAUACUGCACCUUGAAUAUCUCCUGUGUGUGGUGACUUUUGAAGGAGUUGAGCUGGUUCUGAACUUUCUUACCGUACACUUAUUUAUAUUCCCCACAUUGCUUCCGUUCCUUGUCUCCUAGGUUCGGAACGAAAGAAUGCUUCACUGCGAAGCUCUGACACAGGAGGCAACGGAAGUUCCAGGAAAUCCCCAACAGCGGUACCCCGCUGUUAGGGGUCAUACAUUCCUCUACCUCCACUAGGUUUCUUUUACGCAUGCGACCUCGGUCCGUGCCUUUUGUGUGUUUCUCCAUGUUCCUUAGGCUCGGAGAUCUGGACGGAACGAGCCCCAUCUUCGGCGGCCACCUAAUAGUUGAUGUAUUCUCAUGCACCCCGUGUGUGACUACAUCGCGUCGGAAUGAUAACGAUAAUUUCAGCUUUGAACAAUGUUCGUCCCAUCAUCCCUUGGGC